UUAAGAACUCGAAUUAAAGUCUAGUUUUCCUUUCCUCUUAUAAAAAUCGACAAGAGAUUGAGAGAGAGGAGGACAGAGGGAGUUUAGGGUUUCAUCAUUCGCGUUCAAUGGAAGAAAUUACCGAGGGAGUGAACAACAUCAACAUAGGCGUAGACCCUAGCAAGAGGAACCGGAUUCAAGUCUCCAACACCAAGAAGCCCCUCUUCUUUUAUGUUAAUCUCGCUAAGAGGUAUAUGCAGCAAUACAACGAGGUGGAGCUUUCUGCCCUUGGAAUGGCUAUUGCCACAGUUGUCACUGUUGCUGAAAUCCUGAAAAACAAUGGAUUGGCAGUUGAAAAGAAGAUCAUGACCUCUACUGUUGAUAUAAAGGAUGAAUCAAGAAUGCGGCCUGUUCAAAAAGCCAAGAUUGAGAUUGUAUUGGGGAAGACUGAAAACUUUGAUGACUUGAUGGCUGCUGCUGCAGAGGAGAGGCAAUUCGGUGUUGCUGAAGAGCAGAGCUAAAAGAAAAGAGUGAGGAUUUGAUGUCUUGCAAAUGGUUUUUGUUUGUACCUGUUCUCACUGUUGGAUGGACUUCUAUUAGUUAACUCUUGAGUUAUUUUGUUCUGUAGCGGGUUAAUUAAUCGUUAAUUUAUUGUUGGAGCUUUGCGCUCAUAGUCUGAUUUCGUUGCCAGAUUCUUUGGUUUCUAAUCUUCUCAUUGUUGUUAACACUAUGGAUUAUUAUUAUUGAUUCGAGCCUACUAGGUUUUUUUAA